CCCGCCCCGGUGCCUGCCCGACCGUGGACUUGGAUCCUACACCGUCACCAUCGGGAAGUGAGGAUGGAGUGAAUGAUUAACCCCGGGCACAGCGCCGUGUCACACGCGUGUGUUCCGUGUGUUCCGUGUGCCGCACCGGGCUUUGCUUCUGCUUGUCCCGGGCAGCGUGUGCCGGGCCGGGCCGUGCCAACACACACGGAGCCGUUCCAGGCUGUGCCGGGCUGUGCCGAACCGAGCGGGGUCCCCUGGAGCAUCGCCGUGUCCCCGCAUCCCGUCCAUGUGCGGGGCCGGCACCGGGUGCGGGGCGAUGGGGCGAGGGCGUCGCGGCGGGGGGCCGUUCCCACGUCGGUCUCCGUCUCGUCGCCCCCGGCCCCGUUGGAUGCCAGCACGGUGAGCUGGAGAUGGGAGCGGCCUCCAGAACUGGUUUGUCCGGACCCGAGGAGGUGGCUGGGCUGGGCUGGGCCGUACCGAGACGUCACGACGGUUCUGCCGACGAGGUGCUCACGGUGCGGCUCAUCCCGGCACAACACGGCACAGCCCGGCUCGGCUCACUCCGGUUCAGCCCAUUUGGCUGCUCUCAGCCCGGUUCGGCUCAGUUCGGCUCAGUUCAUCCCUCCUCACCCACCCCCUUGGCACCCCCGAUCCCCCCCUGGUGAUGCUGGAGCACCGUAGCGCUUCCCAGUGGGGAGUGGAUGCGUGGGAGAUUCUCCAUUGUCUCCUAUGGGGUUGUGCCUUUCGCUGCCGUGCCAACUCUUUGGGCAGCCCCCCGGCGGUGGGCAGGAGCCAGAGGUGCUGGGGGGGCAGGUGGAGCGGUGCUGAGUCAGCCCCACACUGACUCACAGCAUCAAUGAAACCCCACAGGGGUGGGUGUCAGCUGCAGCCCCCAUUCUCUGCCCCACAGAUGAUGCCAUGGACGGGGGGGCCCAGCAGAGCUGCAUCCGGGACCCCCCCGGGGUGGGCAGCGUGGAGCAGGAGGGGGAUGUGGGCGAGGGGCCGCCCGCCACUGACCUGCGCCGCUCGCAGCCCCUCUUCAUCCACAGCAGCAGCCGGCCGCUGUCAGAGGAGGAGCCGCGUGCCUCAUCGCUGCCCAACAUCCCCAACCCCUUCCCCGAGCUCUGCAGCCCUUCCAACUCACCCAUCCUCAACAGCCCCCCCGGUGGGCAGGGACCACCCCGUGAAGGCGCCUGUCAUCUGGUGAAGGUGUUCAGUGAGGACGGGUCGUGCCGCUCGUUGGAGGUGUCAGCGGGCACAACAGCGCGGCAGCUCUGCGAGAUGCUGGUGCAAAGGACACACGCGUUAUAUGACCACAGCUGGGCCCUGGUGGAGCUGCACCAGCACCUGGCACUGGAGCGCUGCCUGGAGGACCACGAGUCGGUGGUGGAGGUGCAGAGCGCGUGGCCCCUCGGUGCCGACAGCCGCUUCGUCUUCCGCAAGAACUUUGCCAAGUACGAGCUCUUCAAGAGCAACGCGCAGUCCCUCUUCCCCGAGGUGAUGGUGUCCAGCUGCCUGGAGGCAAACAAGAGCAUGGCGCACUCGGAGCUCAUCCAGAACUUCCUGAACUCCGGGAGCUGCCCCGAGGUGCAGGGCUUCCUGCAGCUGCGUGAGGCCAGCCGUAAGGUCUGGAAGCGUUUCUACUUCUCCCUACGCCGCUCGGGGCUCUACUACUCCACCAAGGGCACGUCCAAGGACCCCCGGCACCUGCAGUACUUCGCCGACCUCACCGAGUCCAACAUCUACUACGUGACACAGGGCAAGAAGCACUAUGGGACACCCACCGAGUUUGGGUUCUGCAUCAAGCCCUACAAGGUGCGCAGUGGGGUGAAGGGCCUGAAGCUGCUCUGCAGUGAGGAUGAGCAGAGUCGGACCUGCUGGAUGGCAGCGUUCCGCCUCUUUAAGUAUGGCAUGCAGCUCUACCGCAACUACCAGCAAGCACAGGCGCGCCUGAGCCAGCACCCCUGGAUCACCCCCACACCUCUGCAGAGCGUGUCAGACAGCGCGCUGGUGGCCAUGGACUUCUCAGGGUGCACAGGGCGGGUGAUUGAGAACCCCAGCGAGGUGCUGACAGCGGUGCUGGAGGAGGCGCAGGCCUGGAGGAAGAAGACAACGCACCGGUACAGCCUGCCUGCUGCCUGCCAGAGCUCCCCACUCAGUGCUGCCAUCCAUCGCACCCAGCCGUGGUUCCACGGACGCAUCUCACGGGAGGACACCCAGCAGCUCAUUGGCCGCCAGGGGCUGGUGGAUGGCGUGUUCCUGGUGCGGGAGAGCCAGCGUAACCCCAAGGGCUUCGUGCUGUCCCUGUGCCACCUGCAGAAAGUCAAGCACUAUCUCAUCCUGCCAAGUGAGGAGGAAGGGCGGCUCUACUUCACCAUGGACGACGGACAGACCCGCUUUGCUGACCUCAUCCAGCUCGUGGAGUUCCACCAGAUCAACCGUGGCAUCCUGCCCUGCAAGCUGCGGCACUACUGCACCUGCGUGGCCCUAUGAGCCCGGCGCUGCUGGCACGGCUCAGCACAGCUCAGCAUGGCACCAUGCAUUGCUGCCAUAGGUUGGCACAGCUCGGCACCAUGCAGCAGUGCUGGCACAGCUCGACACAGUCAACACGGUGCAGCACGUCCCUGCCAGCGCACCAGGGCACCACUCGCAGCAGUGAGCGCAGGAGGGGCCGGGGGGCUCACCCCACACCCCACUGCUGUGGCCCCUCACACUCUUGCACUUUGUCCCCCCCAGCACCAGCCCCUCCUUCUCAUGGGGUCAUGGCUGCAGACCCCUCAUCCCCAUCUCCAGGGGGCUCAUGGAGAUGCUCCCUCCCAAUCAGGAGGAUGAGGGGCUUGGGGUCCCCACCACAUCUCCCCAUGAACCCCCCCCCAACCCAAGGCCAGUCGAACUGUGAUGUGUUUUAUACAAAGUGAGAAUAAACGUUAUUUUUUCAGAGCU